AUGAGGUUUUUAUGUUUACAUGGAAAAGGCACAAGUGCUGAGAUCUUUUCUAUUCAAUCUGCAACAUUCCGCCGUCUUCUUCCCCCCUCAUAUACAUUCGAUUUCCUCGAUGGUCCCUACACAUCUCCCCCCGCAGCCGGUGUAUCACUCUUCUUCAACCCUCCAUAUUACGCCUAUUACCACUCCUCAGAUCCCUCCGCCAUCCGCGAAUCCUACUCGUACCUCCAAGAACACAUUGAUAAGAAUGGUCCCUACGAUGGUGUAAUGUGCUUUUCGCAAGGAUGUGCGCUCGUCGCGGGGUUCUUGCUAGAUCAUCAGGUUACACGACCGCAUAUUCCUCUACCGUUCAGCUGUGCCAUUUUUAUCUGUGGAGGCAUGCCACUACCUAUCAUCGAAGAUCUGGGUAUUGAGAUUCCAUCUUUGACACGAGAUUUGGAAACACAAUCUGUAAAAGAACUCUUCGCAACCGCGAACUCGGUCGAAACGGCCAAGCCUGGAGAUGAUUAUUGGAAUACAAAGGCGGAGAAAACAUCAAUUCUGAAUGUGGAAAAUAUAGAUAUGGAGAAUCCAUAUGGAUUACAAGUUCCUGAGGGAUGGAAGAUACAGAUCCCUACCGUUCAUAUUUAUGGGCAGAAAGAUCCCCGUCGGUUGGCGGGUCUGAAUUUGGCGAGCUUCUGUGCGGGAAAGAAAAAGGUUUGGAAUCAUGGGGGUGGUCAUGAUAUUCCUAGGUUGUCGACGGUCUCGAAUGAGAUUGCGGGAUUUGUGCAGUGGUGUGCAGGCGCUGUGGGAGAGGAGAGAGAGGCUGAAGGUUUGUGA